UCGUUUCUUUUUGCAGUUGUUUUGUUUGUUAGUCGAUUUUCAAUUCGAUUAACAGUAUUGUCUUGUUGGUAUAGAUAUUUAUGGAACACAAUUAAAUCUUCAGAGUAUCGCUCUUUGACCUCAGUUAAACAUCGUAAUGAUAAUAAUAAGUUAUUUUAUUGACUCAGAGAGCAAUUGAUAGUUAGUAUUGAAUGAAGUACAGAAAAGUCAACAUGAGAGUAGCCGUUCUUGGUGCUGGGAUAAAUGGAUUGGGUUGUGCUGUUAAAAUAAAAGAAAAAUAUCCGAAUUUCGAUGUAGUGAUAAUAUCCAACAAAUUCACCCCCGACACUACAGGCGAUGGUUCGGGCGGGUUGUGGAAGCCGUAUUGUAGUGGAAAAACACCACAGACUCUCAUAACCAAAUGGGGCAUGGAAUCAUACCGAUUGUAUCACAAGCUUUGGUUGGAAGGAGGCUAUGACGUCACAUUGGUGCCGCUGUACGAUCUGUACAGAGAAAACAAACCCUUGCCAGAGAGACCUUGGUCUAAUUUAGUGUUCGGCUUCAAAAACCUGGAUGAAAAACAUUUGGAAUAUUUAAAUCGACUGCACCAUAGUGAUUUUGUUUCAGGGAUAACAUUCACAUCAUUCGUAGUGAGACCUAGCACAAUGCUAGCUCAUCUGACACAGCGGUUCAAGACCGUUGGAGGCAGAAUGUUGACGAGGUCUAUCAAGUCGUUAGACGAUGAAGAGUUGAUGACAUAUGACGUCAUCGUUAAUUGUUUGGGACUGGGAGCGAGAGACGUUGUACCUGAUGACAAAAUGUUUCCAGUGAGGGGACAGCUAAUGAGGGUACAUGCACCUUGGCUCACUGCGACGAUUUACGACGUACAAAAUGAUAUAUAUAUGAUAUGCACUACAGAUAUAUGCGUGAUGGGAGGAACACAACAAGUCAACGACUACAACAGACAGAUCAAUGUUGAAGACAGAGAUAAAAUUUUCAAUGGCUGCACUAGUGUUGUGCCCGCAAUCAAAAACGCAAAGUUAAUAUCAGAAUGGGUGGGUCUGAGACCGGGGAGGGAAGAAAUAAGACUUGAAUCGGAAAUCAUAAACGGCAAAUUUUAUAUACACAACUAUGGGCAUGGUGGGAGCGGUUUCACUUUGUUUUGGGGAUGUGCAUCGAAUGUAUUGGAAAUAUUCGAGGAACACGUCGACAGGGAACAUAAUAAACAAAAAUCAAAACUUUAAAAAUAUAUAUUUGUAUAUAAAACAGCAAACUUCAACACUUCUAUAUACAAUAAAUUCGUAUGUUAUCUAA